AUGUCAGACCCAAUCCCCUCCGCCACGGGAGGCCCUGAUGUGGUCGAAAAGAAGCCUCCAGUCAACGCGGAAGACCGCAAAGCAGCUGCCGCUCUGUCUUCCCUCAACGAGAACGAAAUAGCCGACUCAAGUUCACCGAAGGGCACCGGGGCUGCAGACCAGGAGGCUUUGGGAAAGGCAAUGAGCCGUCUGGAGAUGACUUCUGGGCAAGGGGUUAAAAAGGAGAGCAAGCAAAGCAAGAAGAAGGCCGAGGUCAAGAAAACAGUCAAAAUCGAUGCCGCCGAUGUAACAUUGCUGAUUGACCAGCUUGAUCUGAACAAGGUGAAAGCCACGGAGCUUCUGAGGGCGAAUGAUGGAGAUGUGGUGGGUGCUCUGCGGGCUUUCAUUACUCCGGUGUUCUGA